UAUGGGCCCACAUGGAAUCAAUCGAGCUGUUCACCGCAUUUCUUUUUCUGAUUGUCAAAAUGGAUUAGGAGUUAAAAUUAUUGGAGGUUAUCGGGCACAAACAGCAGAAGAUUAUGGGAUUUUCAUAAAGAGAAUUCUACCUGGAGGGGUUGCUGCUGUAGAUAGCCGUUUGCUCACUGGUGACCUAAUUUUGGAUGUCAAUGGAGAAAACUUAAUUGGAGUAACCAAUGAAAGGGCUGUUGACAUCUUGCGAACAGCAUCGGCAUCUAAUCACAUGUCUCUGCUAGUUGCCAGAGAUGAAGAAGCAAAGAAAGAAUUUCUUGACCUGAUGGACAAGUAUGGUUCUCACAGUGACACCAGCUCUGCAAGAAGUUCUCCAACGCAACUAUUAGCUGCAAAAUCUAUAGACAGCCCUUCUUCUGGCUCAUCCUCAAGGUCACAGAGUCCUCAGUUGCAUCCAAAGGAUAAUACCACGACCAUCACCAGAAAUAAUUCUGUCCCAGCACCAUCCCCAAAGCUUGCAAAGUAAUUUCUGA